GGGAAGGGAGGAUGCUCCGGAGACCCCGGCCCCUGCGAUUUGCUCCUUCUCGCCUCAAAUUUGUCCCAGCAGUCAGCACUGGGAGAGGAGUCGUGGAGCGAGAGGUGGAGUGGAGGGAGAGGCCAGGCAGAGAGGAAAGUGGGUCCUUUGGGCAUAAUGUUGGUAGGCGCGUUGGUGUGCACAGGCGCUCUCGCGGCUUCCGUGUAGCUGCGGGGGUGUGCGGUGUGUCUACUGGAGACAGGACUGGCUUCUGUCCCAGCGGGGUGUGCAGGCACCUGCUGGGGUGUCCGUGGAGGGGGAUGGUGCGAGGACGACUUUGGAUGCUGGCCACCCUGAGCGCCUUGGCCAUCCUGGGCAUUCCUGCAUUUGUGUUUCCUUGUGCCGUUUCUGGAGAGUAAAUUCCUAGAGGAACAGCUAGGCCUGCCUGCUCCCGUGGGCUGACACCAGGCCCGCCGCUUCUCUCCAGGGCAGCCUAGAUCCCUGGCCAGGGCUAGCAUGGCGCUGCUGCCAGGCCCAGCUGCCUUCCUGCAGGCACUACUGCUCCUGCCAGCCCUUCUGAACUCAGGUUGGGGGGAAUUGGCGCCCCAAAUCGAUGGCCAGACAUGGGCUGAACGGGCCCUUCGGGAGAAUGAACGCCAUGCCUUCACAUGCCGCGUGGCAGGGGGCCCUGGCACACCCCACUUAGCUUGGUACCUGGACGGGCAGCUGCAGGAGGCCAGCACCUCAAGACUGCUGAGUGUGGGUGGGGAGGCCUUCUCCGGUGGCACCAGCACUUUCACGGUCACUGCUCAGCGAGCCCAGCAUGAGCUCAACUGCUCCCUGCAGGAGCCGGGCAGCAGCCGACCAGCCAACGCCUCAGUCAUCCUCAAUGUACAAUUUAAGCCAGAGAUUGCACAAGUUGGGGCCAAGUACCCGGAUGCUGAGAGCCCAGGCCUCCUAGUUGUCCUGUUUGCCCUGGUACGCGCCAAUCCACCUGCCAAUGUCACCUGGAUCGACCAGGAUGGGCCAGUCACUGUCAACACCUCCGACUUCCUGGUGCUGGAUGCCCAGAACUACCCCUGGCUGACCAACCACACCGUGCAGCUGCAGCUCCGCAGCCUGGCACACAACCUCUCGGUGGUGGCCACCAAUGAUUUGGGUGUCACCAGCGCCUCGUUUCCAGCCCCAGGGCUCCUGGCCACCCGGGUGGAGGUGCCGCUGCUGGGCAUCGUUGUAGCUGGAGGGCUUGCCCUGGGUACCCUGGUGGGGUUCAGCACCUUGGUGGCCUGCUUGGUCUGCAGGAAAGAGAAGACCAAAGGCCCCUCCCGGCGCACAUCUCUCAUCUCCAGUGACUCCAACAACCUAAAACUCAACAACGUGCGCCUGCCGCGGGAGAACAUGUCGCUGCCGUCCAACCUCCAGCUCAAUGACCUCACUCCGGAGUGCAGAGCAGGGAAACCAGCACAGCAGCAGCCAGCAGCUCUGAAUAGCAGCCGCCCAGAGCUUCAGGACCCAGAGCCUGGUGGCCUCCUCACCAGCCGAGGCUUCAUCCGCCUCCCGAUGCUGAGCUACAUCUAUCGGGUGUCCAGCGUGAGCAGUGAUGAGAUCUGGCUCUGAGCUGAAGGUGGGACAAGUGUCCUCCUGCUCCCAAACCCUUCCUGUGCUCCUUCUCACGCCUCCUCCUCUAAAGCUGCUUCUAUCAUGCCACACCAUGGCCACAUGGCUACCUCUGCUGUGCUCUCUGUCUUAGCUCCCUGGGACCUGGCGUCCAGGGGCACAGGUAUCCAGGGACCCCCUCGGGUGACUCAGGUUGGGAAGCACAGAUGGCUGAGCCCAGGCACAGGGAGCUCUUUGGCCAGAUGGAUUUCCCUGUCAUCCAGCAUGCAAGCAGGUGUGGCCUGUGAGGCACCAGGCACUGGUCCUGCUCUGCACCUUGUACAGCAAGCAUGGGACUGUGUGUCGGGGGGAGGCCCCACAUGUCCAUGCAAUGUAGAUGCAGCUUGAUUCCCUCAGGACAAUGUAGGACCCGUGCUAACUGUCCAGUCCCAACCUGUGCUUUG